CUAUCACACUCCUACAUAGCUGUAGCUUCUCUGCACAGACGGGUAUCAUCUAUCGGAGUCUGUGCUGUUCUGCUUCCUAGUGGGACUUGUACUGAGUGAGAAAUCUGUUAGAACAGGCCGGAGUCCGGGUAGGUCAACAGGUAUCCUCUCUGUACUCGAGGUGGACGUGUGAUUUCUGAGAGCAGGUGGACGGUCGGACAGCCUCGAGUGUCGGCACCACCCCAGACAUGGCCCAGUUCCAGGAGGAGCAGAUUGCAGAGUUCCAAGAAGCUUUUUCGCUGUUCGACAAAGAUGGCGACGGGUACAUCCACACGGGUGAUGUGGGCGUGGCUAUCCGCUCGCUGGGUGGCACGGUGACCGACGCCGAGAUCCGCGCCAUGGUACAGGAGGUUGACGAGAAGCAUGAGGGCCUGGUGGAUUUCCCCGAGUUCCUGACGAUGAUGGCGCGCACGCUGGGUAGAAAAGAGUCCGAGGAGGAAUUGUUGGAGGUGUUCGCCGUCUUUGAUAAGGAGGGCAACGGCUUCAUCAGCGCCGCCGAGCUGCGUCACGUGAUGACCAACCUGGGCGAGAAGCUGACUGACGACGAAGUCGAUGAGAUGAUCCGCGAGGCCAACAUCGACGGCACUGGACAGAUUGAUUACAAAGAAUUCGUGAAGAUGAUCAUGUCCUGAACUCGUGACGACACCGCUGGUCCUGGCAGUUGUCCCGGAAACACCAUCUCGAGUGUGACACAAGCCUGAAGGACACUGCCAUGUCACACGAACGUCACCGGGGUGGACUUGCCUCCACACGGCAUUACUUCCACUAGAGGCCUGUCAUGUUAGAGGAUUGAGUGUCAUGUUAUGGCCACUGACAACAGCUACAAGUGUCAUUGGCAACUGUCACGAGUAGUUUUGUCUCUCGCAUGUCAUCUUACAGCUGUUACCAAUAAAAUAUUACGACUGU